AUGGAUUUCCCGGAUCCAGCUCCCCUCGCUUCGGGCGCAACGCCCUUCCCCGACUUGAUGAAUGAUCCGGCUUUAGAUGAGAGGGAGAGGGGACUGGAGGACAUGGAUACCUGUCGGAUCUGCCAUGGAGAAGGUACUCUGGAGGAGCCGCUAUUCUACCCUUGCAAGUGCAGUGGAAGUAUUAAGUUCGUCCAUCAAAGCUGCCUGGUGGAAUGGCUUGCACAUUCACAGAAGAAGCACUGUGAGCUUUGCAAAACACCAUUUCGCUUUACCAAACUAUACGACCCGAACAUGCCCCAGAGCCUUCCAACACCGCUUUUCAUCAAGCAGGCGGUCAUACAGUCUUUCCACACACUCAUCACUUGGUUGCGCUUCGUCUUGGUGGCCUUCGUCUGGCUAGGUUGGCUACCGUGGUCGAUGCGAGCAAUCUGGCGAGCAUUGUUCUGGCUAGCAGACGGUCACUGGUCGGCCACUGGAGCAGCCGCCCAACAGCGGGCAGCACACACUGCUCAAUCAGCUGGUUCGCAGUUAUUGUUCAAUGACACUGCGGCAGUUGCGACUGCGCUCAACUCAGCAGCUUCAGCGGCUUCCAGUGCUAUCUCGUCCGCCGCAACAGCAGUACCCCCCACCGGGGAUCCAGUGAUGCUUACGCUCAUCAAGAAAGUCAUCCCCAGUCUCUUUAUUCCCGCAUUAACCGGUGGCACCGGCCAAAAUGGCUCAAAUUCGAACAGUACAGCGGUUUCGCCAAAGGCCCGAUAUCCGUCUUGGCUUUCCGAUGUGAAAUUCCUGAACACAUUGACACCCUAUCCGACAAUCAAUAACAUGAUCAUCGAUACCCUAGAAGGGCAGCUCAUCACUCUGUUGGUUGUGAUCGCAUUUAUACUUCUUUUCCUGAUCCGAGAAUGGGUAGUACAGCAACAGCCAAUGGCAAACAUUGCAGAGGGGGAACGUGAAGCAGCUUUACGGCUUAUCGCCAAUGACCGGCCCGAUGAGCAACAGCGACAGCAGAUACCGCCACUCGACUUCCCUCCCGCUCGCCCGAAUGCUGAAUUUGAGGGCCUCCAAAACGAUCAUCCCCAGGAAGCCAAUGACGAUAUUCCACCUCGAUUUGGAAAUCAUUCACCCGCCCCAUCUUUAACAGACUCUGAUGAUGGACGACCCAUUCUCGAACGGAAUCCUGGACCGCACAACCGAUUUGCAUUUGAGGACGAGUUUGCCGAAAACGCUCAAGCUCACGAUCAGCGGCGCCAGAGGAUGGCCUUAUACGAAAAUGUCCUAGCAAACUGGGAUGGCGAGCGAGAUGAAUUACUGCGAGCCCUUCAAGAACAAGAACAUGCAGACCGACCGCGCGGCAUCCCAGAGAUCCUUCAAGAAUUUGCCAGAAAUGAAGUACGCGAUCAAGAGUAUCAAAAUGCUCCCAAUGCGGAAGAUGCUAUGUCAGUACACAAUAAUCUCCCAGCGCCAACUGGCCCUAUCGCCGAAUUGCCGGCCCAACCUGAAGAUCCCCCCACCAAUCGGAAUCCAACAAGUGAAACCUCUGCAAAUGACCAAACCGCGCCGACUAUUGGCCAACUGGAAAACCAUCAACCACCAACUGGAAUUUCCGAGAGGCUCGUGGACUGGUUCUGGGGUGAUGUUACCCUUGACGACACUGACGUUGCCGAGGCGGUGCCAGAAGAUGACGAGCAAAUUGUUCAGGACCCUGCUUUGGAAGAUCCAUUCGUACCUGUUAUCAACAACAGAGCCCAGGAUCAAGUGGAUGAUGGACCUCUAGGCGGAGGCGCCCCGGCGGAUGAUGCUGGCCUUGAUCCCAAUGACAUGGAUGCCAUUGAAGGCGAUGACUUUGAGGGAAUCAUGGAUCUCAUUGGUAUGCAAGGACCUAUAUUCGGACUUUUGCAAAAUGGGGUCUUUUGCGCACUUCUCAUCGCCUUUACCGUGGCCAUUGGAAUCUGGCUUCCUUAUCUUUGGGGUAAGAUUGCCUUGGUAUUGCUAGCUAAUCCUUUGGAGCUUAUCGUCGGUGUUCCUAUGACUGCCAUCUCGGUUGUCGCGGACAUCGCUUUGGAUACCCUGAUUGGGCUUCUUUUUCAAGGUGCUGUUGAGCCCCCUCGGGCCCUGGUUCCGCUUGGCGAAUGGAUCCCGCGAGGCAAAUCGGUCACUAGCGCCUCUCUGACCCUGAUUGAUGCCAGUACCAAUCGUCUCAACAAGGUGAUGAAGGCAUUCCUUGUCUUCCACGACUCCGAUAUCCCCAUGUUCUCUGUCCUUUCCCACCAGGCGUUGAGGUUACAUCAGGCUCGACUUAGUACAUUGGUUCACUCCGCGUAUGGCCUGGUGAAAUUCGUCUUGCACGAUUUCCCGCUACGCUUGGUCACGCUAGGCAUUCCAGGUGCUUUAUCAGUUGACUUCGACUUCACGCAAAUAAAGCAAGCCGCAAUUCAGCUACAGGGCCAAGUCGGCAACUUCACCAAGUCAAUCAUUUUCUCCACCCCUGGCGCGAAGUUAUUGAAUGCCGACGCAGUCAAUGCGGCGUCUGCGAAGCUUCCUGUCGAUUACGACCUUGCAGUAUGGGAUACCAAAGACCGUAUCAUUGCCAUAUCCAUGGGCUACCUACUGGCUAGUAUGAUGGGAUUCCUCUAUCUUCGGAUCACGGGCCUGCUAGCCGGGACAAAUCGAGGCCAGCGAAUCGAGGGCAUGGUUGCUGAGGUCUUGCUACAGGCCGGAGGCGUGAUGAAGGUCAUUCUAAUCAUUGGCAUUGAGAUGAUCGUAUUUCCUUUAUACUGUGGCACCCUCCUUGAUGUCGCCCUGCUCCCUCUAUUUUCAAACGCGACAAUCUCAUCCCGGAUCGCAUUCACCAUCGCCUCUCCGCUUACCUCCCUAUUCGUCCACUGGUUCGUUGGCACGUGCUACAUGUUUCACUUCGCACUCUUUGUGUCCAUGUGCCGAAAGAUCCUUCGGAGUGGCGUUCUUUAUUUCAUUCGUGAUCCGGAUGACCCAACCUUCCAUCCUAUUCGUGAUGUUCUGGAACGCACCAUCACCACCCAGCUUCGGAAAAUUGGGUUCAGUGCCCUUGUCUACGGCGCCUUGGUUAUUGUCUGUCUCGGAGGGGUCGUUUGGGGCCUCCACUUCGCAUUCGAUGGAAUACUUCCAAUCCAUUGGUCGGCCAGUGCCCCCAUGCUGGAGUUUCCCGUUGAUCUUCUUUUCUAUAAUUUUGUCAUGCCGCUGGCGAUCCAGUUUGUCAAGCCUUCAGAUGGGUUGCACGAGCUAUACGACUGGUGGUUUCACAAGUGCGCACACUUCCUGCGUCUCAGUAACUUCCUUUUCACUGAGCGUCACCGAGAGGAAGAGGGCCGGCAUGUCCUGCGUAGCUGGUGGGGCCUCUUACUCGGAAGCAAGGGUGACUGGGAACACCCCGUCGUCGGCGAGGAGCAACAGGCUGCUGCGGAGAAGGAGAACCGUGAUGCCUACUUCCUGCGAGACGGUCGAUUUGUGGCGGCUCCUGCUUCGGACCAGGUUCGCAUUCCGAAAGGCAACCUCGUUUUCUGGGAAAUGUCCGAGGGGAAUUGGGGACCUGAGGGCGAGUGGGAAUCUGACGAUGGUGAACGCCCUCGCUUCCGGGAAUCAUACACACUGACCUACAUCCCGCCAUCCUUCCGGACUCGCAUUGCAGCCUUUAUCCUUCUUAUCUGGCUGUUUGCUGCCACCACUGGCGUAGGCAUCACCAUUAUCCCGCUGGUAAUUGGUCGUUGGAUCAUCUCGAUCUGCCUUGGAAGCCCCGUCCCGGUGAACGACAUCUACGCUUUCUCGAGUGGGUUGUGCGUGGUUGGCGGUCUGGCAUACACGGUUCACUACUGCCACAAGGGCAUUCAAUUCUUGCGAGAGAACGCCGGCACCUAUGCCUGCACCAACCUGUCGCUGCACGCUGCCCGUCUUGCAUAUAUCGCCACCGCCUUGGUGGUCGUGCUCCCGACCCUCUUUGCCCUCCUUACCGAGUUAUACAUUCUGAUUCCCGCCCACACCCUGCUCGGAGAGGGACAGUCACACGUCGUGCACGUAAUCCAGGACUGGACGCUGGGAGUCCUUUACGUUCAAAUGGCAAUCAAACUGACGGUGUGGCACCCUCGAUCCUGGGCGGCAGCGGUGAUGAACGGAAUCUUCCGCAACGGUUGGCUGCGACCUAAUGUGCGCUUGGCGACUCGGGCUCUUGUGCUCCCGCUAUUGGCAUUUACAGUGGCGGCGGUUAUCGUCCCGUUGACGCUAGGAGGGAUUCUGCGAUGGACCCUUUUCUACGCACGGGUUGAGGCGCAGUCGCAUGUCUACCGAUAUGCCUACCCUGCGACUCUGCUGGUGGUACUUGCCGCGUGGACUACCCACCUCGUUCGGCGACGGGUGGCGCUCUGGCGGAUCAACAUCCGCGACGAUGUCUACUUGAUUGGGGAGCGGUUGCACAAUUUCAGUGAGAAGCGGGCGCGUGAUGUGGGAGUAUCGCGACGAGUGAUCACUGGGUGA